GGUGGCGCUCAGACGAAAGUCACCUGUAGGCGGGGCCACAGGGCCAUUGCUCCCAGCUCCUCCCUCCGGGAGGAGGGCACCAGGAGGAAAAUGCAAGGGCAGCAUCGUUAAGUCCAGGGAACUCCGUCACGGUGCCGCGGAGAUGAGGAGAAGAACGAGAGGCGAUGACUGGGCUUCGUUGAGGCCUCAGGCGACCGGAGCAAAACUCUGACCCGCAGGCACCUCUGGAGCCAUCACAGCCAGCCGUUAAGACGCUGGGCUGGGAGAACCAAGCGCGCUGUCCAGACCUGAUGCGGUGGGAAGGACGUUUGGACUGUCAGUGGCGACUGAUAGAUUCCGAGCAAGCGGCCUGCCUAUACCAGCCCCCCACCCCCACCAUGGCAGUCACACCUGUGGACCCGUCUACUCUCAUUGUUGUAUUCUGAGUGGUCACGUCGGGCAGAUAGUUAGGCCAUAUGGGAAUCUUGCCGUGAUGAAUUCAAGCCAUUCAGCAAGUUUAGGAACCGCCUGGAAUGUGCCAGGCACUGUGACAGGUUAAUAGUUCCUGCCCUCAAUUGAGCAUGAUGCCUGGUAGGGAGGAGAGACUGGCAAGUAUCACAAUACAGUGUGCAGGUGAAGAGAAUGCCUAUCGCACUACCGGGAAGAACUAGAGUCUUCACACAGAAGAACCUUGGUCUUUGAGGAUGUAUGGAGCGUGCCAGCUAGUCCAGGGACAAGGACGUUCUAGGGAAGACAAGCAGAAUAAGGGAAGGUACAGAAACAUCGAGGCCACUUCAGAGACUGCGGCUGUGCCAGAGCCGGGGUGCUCUGAAGAGGGGGUGUUGAUUAGGAGCUGAAGAAGCAGGCGGCAGGCAGCCUGGUGACGGGAAUGCCUUCCACGCGGGGCAGCGUUGGCAGAUGGCCCUCUCAGGAAGACGGCUGGCAGGGCAGUGUGGAGGGUGGAUGGAGGGAAGCCAGACAACAGCCACGGCGUCCAGUUAAGGGCACGUGGUGAGGGCCUGAAGUAAGGCACAGGGAAGAGGAAUGGAGAAGUUGAAAAGAUAUAUAUGUGAUAGACAUUUAAGAGGUAUGAGCAGAGAGAUUUAAUGAGUGGGUGAACCUGGAUAAAGAGAGAGUAAAAAUUGAGGGUGUCUUGGAGUCUGACUCAGGUAGUCCUUUAUCAAGGAAAGCCUCCGUUAGGACGAACAGCCUUCAGUUCAGUUGGGAAAUCUGAGAUGCCAGCGGGAGCUCUCCAUGCGGGCAGUUGGAUUUGCUGCUCAUCAAAGGGGGAAGAAAAAGAAGGGUAAAUUUUUACCCAGGAGGAAACAACCGGGUUGAAAAGCGGAUUUGAGAUAACAAGAGAGGAUAAGGAAAGAAAGUGAAGCCAGAGAAAAAAGUUAGAGGGGGAGAGGCAUCUGCAUUGCCCCACGCCACGUCAGGGUGGGCAGCUGAAACAUGUCUGAUGUCUCUGGCCUUCAGGGGGGUUUGUUGACCUUAUUAAAAAAAAAAAAAAAAAAGCUACAGGGACUUGGGUGGCCUCAGUCAGAUGGCAGAGGGUUGUGGACUGAGUGGAGGUGAGGAGGAAGUGUUGCUGACGACUGUCAAGGAGCGUUUCUGGGAAGGUCUGUAAGAACAGCGACGUGCAGAAGCAAGCAGGAUAGGAGGCCCUUUUCUGAGGCAGGAAAGCCCUGGCGCUCAUGUGCAGAGGGAGAGGAGAGCCCAGAGAAGGAAAGGUGGGGUAAGUGAGCGAGAGCAAAACUUGUUAGAGUGGUUUUCUGAAAGACACGGGAAGAACAGGAUCAGUACACGGGAAGAAAGGUGUGUUUUGUACCGUGGAAGAAUAGUGAGAAGGGGUGGAGAGGAGUGAGAAGAGAUAGAAGUGUGUCUUUGGUGGGGGAGAGAAGGGAGGGACGUCCAUCUCAUUGCAUCAGUGUUUUCUGUGAAGGCGGAGACAAGAUUGUCUCUUGAGAGAAAGACCUUGAGAGCAGUAGGGAAAGUUCAGAGAAGCCAUUUUGUCAAGUGUCCCAGAUCUGUGUCUCUCAUCCUGCUCUCCAAAAAAGGAAGUUGGUGAGGAGUAUACAAAACAUUGAUGAAGAUCCGGCUGACAUUAGAAUCCAUCCGUUCACAGUGACUUCAGCGCCCUACUGCUUAUACAAAAAUUUCCAGCAGCAGUCCAAGACGGAGAAGAGACGUAUUAUUAUGACCAUCAUUUUUAAUGGAAGAUGAUUGAAAGUGAAAGCCUAAACCAAGAAGAAAUAAUUAAAGAGCUGUGUUUGUGCAAUGGUUUAUCUUAUGAGGUGGUUGGAAAAGAAGGAUCAGAUACUUCAAAACUGGAGAUGUUUUUCUCAGGGUAUCCCCGUAUAGUUGGAUUAUCAUUAUUUCCUGAUUUAACAAGUCUUACAAUUGUUGCCCAAGAUAUAAAAGAAAUCUCAGGAUUAGAGACUUGUUUUCAUCUUAAAGAACUUUGGAUUGCUGAGUGCUACAUAGAGAAAAUUGGAGGUCUUCAAAAAUGUAGCAAAUUGGAAAAGUUGUAUUUAUAUUAUAAUAAAAUUUCCAAAAUAGAAAAUUUAGAGAAAUUAAUCAGAUUGGAAGUUCUUUGGCUGAACCACAAUAUAAUUAAAAAUAUUGAAGGCUUACAAACUUUGAAGAAUUUAAAUGAUCUUAACCUUGCUGGGAAUCUAAUAAGCAGAAUAGGCAAAUGUCUUGACCCCAAUGACCACCUGGAAAGAUUAAACCUCUCUGGCAAUCAAAUAUGUUAUUUCAAGGAUCUUACUAACUUAGCCAGGCUGCCUUGCUUAAAGGAUUUAUGUCUGAAUGAUCCUCAGUAUAAAACCAACCCAGUCUGUCUGCUGUAUAAUUAUUCCACACACGUAUUGUUUCACUUGCCUUUCCUUCAGAGACUGGACACCCUUGAUGUAUCGGCAAAGCAGAUCAAGGAACUGGCAGAUACCACAGCAAUGAAAAAAGUAAUGUAUUAUAAUAUGCGCAUAAAAACUAUUCAGAGGCGUCUUAAUGAAGAUCUUGAGAAACUAAAUGAUAGAAAAUGUAAACUACAAAAGUUGCCAGAAGAACGGAUAAAGUUAUUCAGCUUUGUGGAAAAAAAUUUGGAACGGGAACUAGCCGAACUCAAGGGAUCUUCCAAAGUGCACACUGAUAGAUCCAUUAAUAAUAAGUUAAGUGAGCUUGAGAAAUCAAAGAAUUGUGAAACUAUCACAGAAGAGCCAAGUCUUCAACAGAAGAUACUGACCAAACUAAGUGCCUUGAGUGGAAGGGUCACAUUCUGGAACAAAAAAAUUGAUGAAAUUGAAGCAAUUUACCGUGUUGAAGUAAAGCAAAAGAAAAAAAGCCACGGCUUAUUGAUCCCAUUUUUGUUAACUGAGUUGGAGACUGUGGGAAAUAUCCAUUUUGAAGAAGGCUCUCGAUCUGAUGACUGGUUUACUUCCUGUUACGAGUUAAUUCGGUCACGUUUUUGCUCACGGGACUUCAGAACAUAUGGUAUUACAGGACUGAAAGUGAAACGCGUCAUUAAAGUUAACAAUCGUAUUCUGAGACUAAAAUAUGAAGAGAAAUUUCGGAAGUUUUUGGACAGUGAAGAGAUGCAUGGUUCAGAGAGCUAUCGAAAGAUGAUGGAAUGCCUUUUUUAUAUGUUUGACCCUGAAGUUACAGUGAAGAAAAAGCGGCUGCUCCAAAUACUUGAAAAAGGAUUCAGAGAGAGUGAAACAAGCAAGCUGCCCCUCAGAAAAGAAGCCGUUAUUCUUUCUAACAGCUUGAGUAUGUGUGAAGGCCCCAGAAUUGAUUUUCUAAAGCAAAAGUACCAGGAUAAGAAGCAAAACACUCUGGAGAAUGAGCUCUUCAGACACGGCAUCCUCCUCCUUACUAAGGUUUUUCUCGGCCACAGUGUUCAGGCUCCUGAACAAGAAUCCAUCAGUCAAGCCAACUUUCCAAUGGCUAAUUCAGUGUUUAUUCCUCAGAAACAUUUCCUAAAUUCUAUCAUGGAACCCAGGAGUUGUGAUUGUGGCUUUCGGCAGUGCAAGUGGUUUGUCUUUGAUCCUGACCUUGUUCUGCCAGAAUAUGUCGUUGAAUUUGAAUAUCUUACAGUGGUCAAGCCUCACUCUUUGUUUUCUUCAUUCAACAAUGUUAUUCUAGAAGAAAGCAAAAAGAUUUCAGAAGGAUCAGUAUUGUCCCAGGAUUUGAAAUUUGAUGAGGAAGUUAUGAAAAUGGAGCCCAGGAUCAAACCACGACCAAAGCUCAUUAGUUUGGAUAGCAAAACAAUAUUUUCCCUUGCCAAGACUAACAUUUAUAGUCAUAUUGUGAAUCUGAAUCUACAUGGAAACAGCUUGACUAAAUUGAGAGAUCUCGCCAAGUUAACAGGACUCCGAAGACUGAAUAUCAGCUUUAAUGAAUUUACUUGUUUAGAUGACAUAUACCACUUGUAUAACCUUGAGUAUCUGGAUGCAAGCCAUAACCAUGUGAUAACUCUUGAGGGCUUUAGAGGUCUGAUGAAACUGAAGCACUUAGACUUGAGCUGGAAUCAACUGAAGAAAUCUGGUGAUGAAAUAAAUCUGUUAUGCAAACACACCACAGGCCUUCUCACUCUUAACAUUCAACAUAACCCAUGGCAAAAGCGAAACACAUUGCGGCUGAGUGUUAUUGGCAGGUUAAAGACUCUUACGCAUUUGGAUGGAGUCCUCGUUACUCAAGAAGAAGCAAGAGCUGCUGUGAAAUUUAUUGCCAAAACAAAGAUAACUCAGUUGUCUGUUUUACGACAUUGUAGUACUAAAGAGGAAAGACCACGAGUACUUACCAUAUGGCCUUCUGCAAAGAUUCUGACACAGAUUUCAAAGGUGGGACCACAUGUACAUCUGAGUGGAAACUGGUACUUGAAGAUAACUGCCUUAAAUUUAGAUGGACAGCAUCUCUUUGAAAUCACAAAUUUAGAAAAAUUAGAGAACUUGAAGUGGGCAUCAUUCAGCGACAAUCAUCUCACUAAAAUGGAGGGAUUGGAAUCCUGCAUUAACUUGGAAGAGCUCAUAUUAGAUGGGAACUGCAUCUCAAAGAUAGAGGGCAUUUCCAAGCUGACUAAAUUAACCCGUCUCAGCAUAAACAAUAAUCUCCUGACUGGUUUGGAAAAGCAUGCUUUCGAUAACAUGCUCCAUCUUCACUCUCUCUCUCUUGAGAACAACAGAAUCACAUCGCUGAGUGGCUUACAAAAAAUUUUUACUCUGAUUGAAUUGUAUAUCAGCAAUAACUACAUUGCUCUCAAUCAGGAAAUCUACAAUCUAAAGGGUUUAUACAACUUGGUCAUUCUAGACAUAUAUGGAAACAUUAUUGUUUGGAAUCAAGAAAACUACCGGUUGUUUGUAGUAUUUCACCUUCCGGAACUGAAAGCCUUGGAUGGAAUCUCCAUUGAUCAGCUAGAGACCGAGUGUGCAAAGGAUUUGUUUGGUGGCAGACUCACUUCUGACAUGAUUGCAGAACGACAAGGACAUUCAAACUUCAUCCAGAUGCAAGAAUUAAAUUGGACUUCAUCAUCUAUCAGGACUGUGGAUCUGAUUCCAGUGGACCAGUUUAGAAGUGUGUGCAGCGUGAAUCUGCAGAACAAUAACCUGACCUCCUUCAGCGGGUUAGUCUACCUGCCCAGCGUGAAGGUUUUAUGCCUCAACUAUAACCAUAUUGAAUCAAUCAUGCCCAGAGUAAAGCCUCAGACUCACUUAAGCAACAGACAGUUGCUCUACCAGAAAGUGGCCUCGAGUGGCUAUGGGCAGCAUGGAACUUCAAAAAUGAACAGAGAUACAAUAGGCGGCGAACAUUUGCCUCCCAUGAUGCACAGUCUAGAAGUUCUUCAUUUGGGUUACAAUGGAAUUUGUAAUUUAAUCCAACUACAAGUUAACAGACUAAGAAAUUUAAAAUACCUCUUUCUACAGGGAAAUGAGAUCAGUCAAGUUGAAGGGCUUGACAAUUUAGCAGUGCUGCAGGAGUUGGUGGUGGACCACAACCGCAUCAGGUCAUUCAACGAUAGCGCUUUUGCCAAACCAAGUUCUCUACUGGCACUCCAUCUGGAGGAAAACAGACUGCGAGAGCUGAACAAAUUACAACAUUUGGUAAAACUAGAGAAACUCUACCUAGGAUAUAAUAAAAUACAGGAUAUCACAGAAUUGGAAAAACUUGAAGUUAUCUCUUCUCUCAAAGAGCUUACAAUUUAUGGCAAUCCAAUUUGUAGAAAAAUGCUCCACCGCCACGUGCUCAUAUUCCGGCUGCCUAACUUACAGAAGCUGGAUGGGAUUCCUGUGAAUUCAGAUGACAGGACAAAAGCUGAGUUACAAGUUUCUGAACUACAAGCAAAGAAAAAUUUGCUUAUUCCUGCCAGCAACUCUCCUGUGGACGGUUCACCAUUUGCCCAUCUGAAAGCUCCUCCCAUAAAGAUAACAAACGUGAUUCUGCCUGGUGACUUUAGCCAUUACUUGGGCCCUGACUUCACUUUAACUCCUGAAAUUGAAGACAAAAAAAGCAAGAAUACAGGGAUUUUGACCAGUAAUCCUCGGAGCAUCCAUGCCGAAAUAGCUUUUCGGCAACUCAGAGGGAUAAACAUCUCCCCGUCCCUUUUGUCACAUCAGGGUAUUGCACCUCCAGCUACACAGAUAUUCCAGACCAGCCACGAGGAGGGAAGAAUUCCUGGGGGCAACUUUUCAAGAUCAAAUCAACUGUAACUGCCCGAAGAGAAACUGGCAGACUCCAGAAAUCCAGGUCUGCCCAGGAGAAGCUACCCAGAUGGCGGUCAGCGAAAAACAACAGAAAGAGGACCACUUUCCUGCUACCGCAGCUCUUCAGCUCCACUCUAAGACAAUGUAUCAGCUUUGAUGAGUUUCCUAUCACCUCCCUUCAGCUUUCUUUAUGGUUAUCUUAGUUCUGUGUGUGAAUGUCUCUAUUACAAAAUCACGAUCUAUCGUAUCCUACAACAACUUAAAAAUACAGAAGUGACACGAAAUGUAGUCCUGAGAAUCUAAUGCUUAGUUCCAGACCGAGAAGCACUUGGCUGCACAAAUCUCAUUGUUGUGUCACGUGACCGUACGAAGAGGGAGGAGCUGAGCCCCCUUGCACCUGAGAAUGAGCUCUUCGUCUGGGGCUACGUGAAACUAAAGCGUACCCUUUUCAUCAAACACAACUGGUUUGCUAGUUGAACUACAAGAUAACCUUAGGACUAUACUGUGAGAACUGAACUUCACACUACUGACGCCCUCAGAAUUGUUUAGAGAUGCAAAUUGCGGGCAUUAAUAUGAAUUCCUAAGUGCAGCUAACUGUGGGAGAACAGAGGGGUCCUACUCCGUGUGCAGAUUGUUGAGUUGUGCCCACAGUGGUACAGUUGUACAAGCAGUUUCAGCCUGAAAGGGGCACGUAUUCAAACGAGUGGACACAGUGGAAAUCCUCACCUUCAGUUACUGUAUGUCCCAGGAAAUGAUUUCUAAACUAUUCCAUUGUACAUUACUAAGAGAUAUCACAAACCCAUCACAUUGGUUUGCUUGUUAAAUACAGCUCUUUGAUGACUAAAUUGUCAAUCCCAUUUUGACAUAAAUAGAUUCCAUGAUUCAAAAAAUGUUCUAUUUUAAUUUUAAAGAACUGUUGCAACACUGCAUAUAGUUUUCAAAGAUUUUAUGUGUUCCCUGCAUGAAAAUAAAUUGUUUUUA